UAGUUGAAAUAUAAAACAGGUCGCGCACGCGUUCCGUUUAGUUCUACGUCAGAUAUCAUACGGAUCGUGCUGUAAUCAAAUUUGUUGAAAGUGCUGGUUUUGUGGUAAUGACUUCAUACACGGACAAAGGAAAAAAACCAGAAGCAGGAAGAUUCCUUGCAUUUGACCACCUCACGUAUUGGGUUUCAAACGCGAAACAGGCGGCGAGUUACUAUGUGACGCGUUUCGGCUUCGAACCGCUGGCCUUUGCAGGACUGGAGACUGGGGUGCGCAAGACCGCUUCAUACGCAGUCAGGUUGAAUAAGAUCAUCUUCGUAUUCCAAGCGCAAUAUGAACCUGAAGAGACGACCUUCAACAAGGAGGUGGCCUACCAUGGAGACUUCGUGAAGGAUGUAGCCUUCCAAGUUGAGAACUUGGACUACAUUGUGGAGUACGCAAGGAAGCAGGGAGCGAAAGUAGUCAAGGACAUUUGGGAGGAGAAGGAUGAGCAUGGAGUGGUCCGGAUGGCGGUUUUGAAGACGUAUGGAGACAACACACAUACAUUGGUUGACAGAUCAAAGUAUACCGGAUCAUUCUUACCUGGAUACGCUCCACUCAAUAUCGACCCAAUUAAUAAAUUCUUGCCAAAGAUCGAAAUCAACUUCAUCGACCAUGUGGUGGGGAACCAGCCUGAUGGUGAGAUGGAGCCCGCCGCAACGUGGUACGAAAAAUGCCUCCAGUUCCAUAGAUUCUGGUCAGUAGACGACAAGCAAGUAUGCACGGAGUACUCAGCCCUCCGGUCGGUGGUCAUGGCCAACUGGGAAGAAAACGUGAAGGUGCCCAUCAACGAGCCCGCUCCUGGCAAGAAGAAGAGUCAAAUCCAGGAGUACGUGGAGUACCAUGGAGGAGCUGGGGUGCAGCACAUUGCUAUAAAUACUGAAGACAUUAUUACUGCUAUCGUGAAUCUUCGUGCCCGCGGUGUCGAAUUCCUCUCCAUCCCAUCUGAGUACUACACCAUCAUCAGGGAACGCCUGAAGCACAGCAAGGUCCGCGUUGCAGAGAGCAUAGACACUCUAGAACGUCUGAAUAUCCUGAUCGACUACGAUGACGAUGGCUACUUGCUUCAGAUAUUUACUAAGAAUACUCAGGACCGCCCCACUCUGUUCUUAGAAGUCAUCCAGAGAAGAAACCAUAAUGGUUUCGGAGCUGGAAACUUCAAAACACUCUUCGAAUCAAUAGAAUUGGAGCAAGAAAAACGUGGAAACUUAUAAAUGUACUUAUAGAAUAAGUAAUACAUACUUAGUUAAUGAUGUAAGAUAAGAAAUUGUAAUGAAACAAUGACCUUUCUUCGUGAAUUAUAAAUAAAUAAAUAAAUUAUGUUAAAAACAUUUAAAUCUUCAGUUAUCUUGUUACAACUGUUUGAUUCAAUACAUUUUAUAUUCCUAAGAAGCAUUAAAUUUCCCAAAUACCUACAACCCGGUCGAGUUAACUGCGCACCAGGCGGCCGUGACGUCACAUCGAGACCCUGGUAAGGGGGGCCAAUGCGGGGAGGUACGCGGUUGAGUGCAAGGGAGAGACGCAUUCUAGCUAGAUGCGCAGUUAACAUGACCGAGUUGUACUACCUAGAAUUACAAGGUGUAUCGACCCGCUGUUAAAGUUGUAAUAAAAAGGUUAAAUAAAAAACUUAUUAAAA